AGGACGAAGUAAUGUAAGGAGUGGUUAGAAAAGUUCAGUCAGCCUUAAAGCUGUCUUCAUUCUCAAAAAGAAGAAUGCAGUCUGGGUGGUAGAAGACAGGCAUGGCAAACCUGUAAAGUCUUCUCCUCUUCAGUGAAGUUACUCUGUGCUUGUCUAGGUGCUGUGAAGAAGAAGGACACAGUAUGAAGUUGGCUCAGAACCUGACUGGAUAACACUGAAGAAAGCUUUAGAAGAACACAUCAGCAUCUCUCCGGAUUUACUUUGAGUACCUCUCUGUUCAGAAGACAUGGGCUUGUGGAUUAUUUUACCCAUUACACUCUCUGCUGUCUCGUUCAUCGGGUGCUGGGUGGUAUAUGGCCUUGCAGUCAGCUUUAACCAUGUCUGCCCACUCAGCAACUGGGAAUACAAAAACUCGUGCCUGACAAAUGAAACUGAGUUUUGUUGCACAGACAAUAAUGUACCCACUAUAAGCACAAGUGGAACAUAUUUUCCAGAAAAUUCAUUAUUUAGUGCUACAAUUAAUGCCGGUUCAUUUUUGUUUCUGAUUUUCUGCAUUUUCCACCAUGCACAUAUUGUGGAUAGGAGCAUCGCAAACUCCCUCCUCAGUAAAUUUGCUAUGGUUUUUGGAUGCAUUGCAGCCAUUGGUGCUUUUGUGGCUGGGAACUGCAAUCCAGCCGAGUUGGUGUUGCUGCAUUACCUCGGAGCUGCUCUGAGCUUUGUGUGCAUCUGCUUCUACACUGUCCUGCUGACCUCUCUGACCAGCAGGUGUGGCCUCACUGGAAUGGAGAGCUUCCUCUAUCCAUUACGCAUCGUCUCCACCAGCAUCCAGGUCGUCGUGACCAUCCUCUACUGCAUCUUCUUCGUCCAGACCUCGUACUACUUCAAGCACCUCUCUGCUGUCUUCGAGUGGACACUCAGUGCGAAUCUGGAGCUCUUUGAACUCAGUUAUGCUGUGGAAUUUUAUUGUUUCUCCUCUGCGAUGCUGUCGGUGCUUCUAGAACGGAGGGGCGAAGAAAAACCUUUAAUUUUGUCCUGAUGACUGGCGUCAUGUCUACUUCAGAUUAUUUAUUUUUUUCUUUUCCAUAAUGGACAUAUGAAGUGUCAUAAUUUAUCUAUAUAUAUAUAAAUAUAUAUAUGCACAAAGGCAUCUUACAUUCUUCUUAGGUUAUGGGCAAAAAAACAGGCUUUAUUAUUACUGACAUGACAAAUCACAUUUUUAAAAACUGGAAAUGUUAGAGAUGAUCAGAGCAGGUUGUUAGUAAACCAGCUAGAGACAAAGGCAUGCAGGCAUGUUUUCUGUAAUGAUCUAGAUUUCACAAAUGCAAUUUUGACCUCAUUUCUUUAAAUACCAAAGCUGGUCAUUUGUUUUACAGAAUUGCUGGGUAAUGUUCAGUGAAUGUAUCAUAUAAUCUAAUCUAAUCGCAAAAUACCUCAAAUACUUGGAAAUCAGAUGGCAUUAUAUUUGGAAUAUAUGUAUGGUAAGAAUGACAAAGGUAAGAAUGUAGCAUGAAUGUAGGCUAGUUCAAAAAUGAAUCACCUCAUAUGAAGUUAAUCUGUAAAAUCAUAUUCUUUGGCAUAUCAGUUCCAUUUCUGUGGUGUAACACCCAUUCGAAUCCUCUCUACUGUAAAUAUGUUCUGCUGGCUUCAUAUUUUAGUACAAUUUAGCAGUGAUAAUAGUUUCCAAAUUCUUCCAGCAGAGAACAAACCAAACCCACGCUCACAUAAGCUUUGAGAAUGAAUCACUGCAUAACCGCUUCAGUUUCUGAGCAAAACAAAGAACAAUUAUUUUAAACUCUAGUAAUGUUUUUCAGUUAUUGCACUCUAGUAGCUUUUUGGUGUUUCAAUGUAUGGUUAUGCACUCCAACAUUACCACUUAGUUUACUUUAGAGUUUUCAGACAUUAGAUAAAGUCUGAUUAUUGCAGGGUCAAUUCAAGUAAAACACAUUCAUUUGUAUUAAAUUAAUAAAUAAAUAAAGAUUAAGGUAAAUGUCAUUGUAGCUCUCUGGGCUGUGAUUUUAUGCUGUUGCACAAUGUAAUUAAUUAAUCCUCAAGGUGGAUUGCUUCAUGAAAUGAUUACCAGCUAAAUCUUGUGUUUUUUUUUUGGCUCUCAUGGACGCAUAUAUUUUCAUACUGCCCAGACAAGCAGCUUUAAAAAGCUGCUAUGGCAAAUUAUCACAUUACUGAUUGGAACUUUGAACACAAGAGAAACGCCUCAGGGCACGUUGAGUUGUUACAGCAGAGUAAAUUCUUGACGUGUUCAUGGUGGUAGGUGUGGUGCACUUCAAGCUUUGGACUAAAACUGACAUGCAAACUGUCAGUAUAACAAAUCCAUAUGUCAUUAUUUGUGUUAAACCACUUGUGUCCAGAUUUCCUUUACUCAGGUCAAUCCAUUCUGUGUCUGUUUGCUGUAAAGCUAAAUAUGAUUGUAACAUAGUCUCCAUUUAAACAAACAUGAGCUAAAAUUGAACUUGCUGUCUUUUCUUCACAACAUGAAAAGACUACAUGCAUUUACUAACCCUUGUUUGUAGCCUCUGGACAUUAAAUUUCUCUACAUUCAGCUA